GUCUUCUUUGCUUGGCACCUUCACACUGAGAACCCCUCCCUUUCUCUCCAUUCACUCCUGUGCAGUGUUUUAUACUGAAAGGUAAAGAUGCGAAUUCACACUGCGCCUCGUGCAUCAGUGAGCGGGUCCUCGUGCAGACGGGCUGUCCUCUCAGCCUGUGUGAACACCUUCAUGUGAUGUGAGCGCUUCAUUCUGCAGCUGGUGACCGUGUGUGCAGGCUUCAAGGCAGCAUGGUAACAUCUGUUCACGCUCUAUUAUCUCUGGUGGGUGGACAGUGAGGAUCAGUCGCGACCAUGCGAUGUGUGUAAAGGACCAGUGGGGGUGUAGUGGCCCCAGGCGGGAUGCUGCUGACGGCCGGUCAGUAUGACUCUGCUGGACUUGUGGCUGUCGCGCUCCAUCCCCAUGUGCCUGCUCCUUCAGAGCCUUGUCCUCAUGGCCCUGUGCUUCCCCUCGGCCAGCAUGUGUCCAAAGGGCUGCAUCUGCCGUCGCGACCCCCACCUCCACGGCCUGAAUGUGACCUGCAGUCAGUCCCGCCUCAAAGAGAUCCCCCCCAGCCUCCCAGUAGACACUGUCCUGCUGAGGCUGGACCACAACCAGAUUGGCACCGUGCCCGAUCAGGCCUUCCAUGGACUCAGGCUUUUGAGAGAGCUCAACCUUUCUUACAACGCAGUGGAGACUUUAGGGGAAGGUGCCUUCAGUGGCAUAGAGGCGACGUUACAGGUGUUGGACCUCUCCCACAACCGCAUCACUAGCGUACAUAAGGAUGCCUUUGCUCGGCUCAAAGCUCGCAUCAUUGUGGAUGAUAACCCCUGGCAUUGUGACUGUGCUCUGCAGCAGGCGAUCGGUGGAAUGGCGCACAAUCACGAGGCAGCGGCCCGGGUCCUGUGCAGGAGCUCAGAGCUUCGAGACCAGGAGGGACGACCUUUCUUGGCCGUGGACACUGACCUGUGUAACCUGGCCAAAAGGACCACAGACUACGCUAUGCUGGUGACCAUGUUUGGUUGGUUCGCCAUGGUCAUUUCAUAUGUGGUGUAUUAUGUCCGUCAGAAUCAGGAGGAUGCCCGGCGCCACCUGGAGUACCUCAAGUCUCUCCCCAGCAAGCCCAAGAAACCCGACGAGGCGGACGACAUAAGCACUGUCGUCUGACAGCCGUCUCAAAAGUGACUGCCCAGAAAUAACAAUGAACACCAAAAUGUGUAUGUAACAGGACCCAUAUUUAUAGCGUUUACUAUUUACAAACUUUUAGCUGAUGUGAGCAUCAAAUCUGCAGAGAUGUCUUUGUACUUUUUGAAUUUCUUCGUCGUUCCUAACCAGGGUUUGUUUGUAGCUGGCCUGAGCUGAGAUAAGAAGAGAGACACGAGUCUGACACCAACGCCGUUUUUUCUACAAAAAUUGCAUAGGGACUUUCAAAAAAUUGAAUCUCAGGUUUAAAUAUUGACAUGAUAAUGGCUUUUUUAGAGACAAUUUGGAAUAUCUUAUAAAAUAUAUCUUUGUAAGUCCUUAUUUCCCAGAGCCCUCUUUUUGUUAUCUCAAAGCUUGUGAUGAAAUGCACAUUGAGUCUUGCAAACACUUGCGAAAUCAACUGCAUCGCUCAUUCCCCUUAAAAUGUAUUGCAAAAGCUGCAAAAGUAUCAGCAAUUAUGAAUCAAUGGCGUCUUUUUGGAAAGUGCAGGGUCCAAGUGUGUAAUAUUUUAAAUCAUUAUGAGAUGAGGUGUCGAGUCAUCCUCCUGGUUGCCUUGAGCUGCUGUAGCUUGUUUUCAUGCACAGACAUCAUAAUGAGGACAAACAUGUUGGAUUACACUUCAGCAUAUCUCACAAUCAUUUCAAGUAGAGUUACUGUGAGCUGGAAUCUAUGGAAGCCCAUUUCUGCCAAGACAACAAAUGAAUAAAGGGGAAGGAAUAACUGAAAAAGGCAUUCUUAAUUUUGGGACACAUCAUUUUUACAGAGAAAUGUUGACUUCCCACAGUCAAAAAUGUCUGUUAUUCUUUACAAUUGUAUACUAGUUCAGUACUAAGUAGAAUUUUUAUACAAAUAUAUACAUUGUCACAUUGUCAGGGAACACAAUCUGUUUCCUGACCCAAACCACAUGACCAAAAAAAAAAAAACCUCUGCUCAAAAAUCUGUAUACCAAGCUUUAGCUAGCUUCCAAGGGCGUUUUCACAAUAGCCUUGUUUGUUUGGUACUGUAGCCGACUAGUCUCCUUUCACACUAAUACAGCGUUCUAUGCCCGAGCAGUCUUUCCCUUAUUAACAGUCUGGUACACUAGGUGGCGGUUUGAACGUAGUUGGCUCGCGUAUCCAACAAUAAGAAGAAGCAAUCAUUGCAACCACUCGUUUCAUGAACUUUGGAGACGUCAAUAAUGACUGUCUCACCGGCGUUCUACUUCAACAUCUACCCUGCAGCUCAGAGUAUGAUGGGGAUGUGCUGCACAGGUACGACGUAUUCAGUCGUAUCCACAAGUCAUAUAGUUGUGACGUCAUAUAGCAUCCUUGUUUGGGCACGGUUGCAUAGACGUCGACUUGGUGCAUGGUGCCAGAAUGAUUGUGUUCACACAGAUCAAAUGAACCAAGUGUACUUGGAUCUAUGUCCUAAUGUGAAACCAUCAUAAAUGUCAGCUGGUAUGUGGUUAGGGGUGGGCGGUAUAACGGUUUCAACAAAAUCACUCAAGUCACAUUCUGCCACGACAGGACUUUUGCUGGAUUGCCAAGACCAGUUCAAAAUGUACUUUUGGUUUUAGUACACACAUGAGAGAUUUAUGAUACUUCCCUCAACACUGAUACGGCCACAGUGACAGGUGAAUAAAAGUGAUGUAACCAAGUGAUUUGUGACUGACAACAAGGUUGACUGAACCCUGGUCCUCAGACUGUUUGCUCUGACACUUCAGUGCAGAGCCUUGUGGACCUACACACAGUCAGUCUGGGGAUCCACAAGUUGUUAUGGCUCAACUCGGUUUGUCUUCAGAGCAGCAGGGAUUUGCAUCUCCCGAACAUCUGGUUUACCUGUGUGUAGGUGUGUAGGAACUGACGCCUGUUUGUUUAAGAUGUCAGGGAUGAUUUAAGGAGCAGGCUGUGGCUGUGACUUGUGAUCUAAAGAGCACCUUUCCUGACAAUCACCGCGAACUGUAGCUUUGCUAAAGCUCAGUUCAUUUGAUGGCAAACAUGUUUCAUUUCUUCAUACUGGUUGUUAUGUUGCUGAAUAACCUUUAUUGUGAAACAGCUACAUCUGGAAGUGAGAUUCAGCAGCAGUAACUGAGCAUGAGUCUUUAAAACGUUAAAAUAAAGCAAGUGUUUAAAAUACAAACAGGGAAGCAGGGGGAAAUGAAAACUUCAGGUCACACAGAUUCAGUUAGCAGAUAAAAUUUCCUGAGAACUGAACACACAGUGACCUUUAAAAACAUCUUUCUCUGUUCUCAGGAGCAGACAUAGGCUGAGUGUAGCACGCAGACGUGUUUGGGGGUUGUAGUAAGUGAGGAUGCAUUCAAAUGUGCGACCCCUUUUUAUUCAGCAUUACCGCGAUAUAAAAACGUCACUGCAAAAAGCAUAAAAAAUAUCCUGUUCAUUUAUGGCCAUAUCGCCCACCCCUCGACAAAACAAGCUCGGACUGAAGUGAAUCUUGGUGAGGUUGAUGUAGAGAUUCAUGUCUUUCUCACUAUGUCUACGUAUUUUUGUGUUUGCAACACAUCUUUGUUUUCUUCUCUGGUAAAAAUUGGUUUGAUACAUCUGACUCUGGUUGGUUAAGGUUGUGCAUUAUUGUCACACUGCUAUGAUUCAAUGAGGAAUAAAAUCUGAUUUAUGCUUCUGCAAUGAUUUGACACCAUAGGUCUGUGGAGCCCUAUUCAUACACAGGCACCUACGUACGUAGCCUGACAUGCACCUCCUCCAAAAUGUAACUACACAUUGAAACGAUGUGGACCGCAAGCCCUGGGAUUAGUUCACUGGGCAGCUUCUAUUUCCUGCAGACGUCCCAUCUCUUUUCUUUUGUGUUAUAACUGCUGCAUGAUCAAGGGAAACAUUUAUCAGCUCAAGCAUAACUUGCUCAGAGUCUCCAUAGUUCUCUGAGUACAAACAAGCAGAAAACGAUGUGGGACUGGAAACAGCCGAUCUAACUGGCACAAAAACCAGACUGCCUACAAGACACAUAGAAGGCCCCGAUACACAAGUAUGUAGUACUCCCAACGGCAUCAGCCACUACAGCAUAGUGUCAACGCAGAAGUGUAAACCAGGAUUAAGAGCUGGUUUAGAUCUGGUCUCCACUAGAGGAACAUACAUUUGCAGGAUGAAUUGCCUUGGCAUGCUCUACAUUUUAGAAAGUUUGAUUUGUUCAAGUUUGUAAUAAAUUGGUGGUAAUGCACAAAUAAUGCAGAAACAAUGAAUCUGCAGCAUUUUGAUUAAUUCAUAUUUUAAAUCUAUUGAUUUAUCCCUUUCUGUUAACAACCCUCUUGAUGGUACAUUAGUAGAAUAUGUUACACUGUGUUUACAUUGCCCAGAGACCUAACAAACGCACACAAGCGAUAUUACUGGGUUGCAUGUUUUAAAUCAACGCCUGUGUUAUAUCUUAUUUUUAAGUCAUUCACUGCCAUAAAAUAUGCUCAAACAAUGUAAAAAAUAUUCUAAAUUAUAAUUUAUAUAUCCUCUGGUUGGAAACAAAAUGGUACAUUUGUAAGUUGUUCAACAAUUUACCAUCAGUUUUUUUUCUUUCUUUUUUUUUUUUUACUCUGAAAACACUUUUUUUUUUUUUCCUUUUGAAGAACUCCUGAUAUUUUCUUUAUGUACUGUUUACUGGAAAUUAAUCCCAGAGUUAGGUAACAGAUGAAAUGCUGUAAAGGUAACUUUAAUGCAAAUGGGCCAGCAGAUUUUCAAUAGAAGUGUAGAACGGGGUCCAAAGGUUAAAAUUGUAUGUAUAGCUGUUAAAAUGCUAACUUGACAUGAUGACAAAAUUGAUGAUUUAAGGGCAGCUGUUGGGACCUUCCUUUUUGUGUGGUUGUUGUAUUCGCCCCCUGUGGACAAACUAUGUAAUACAAGGUCCUGUUAAGAGCUUUGGUAAUCCAGAUUCGGUAACCUUUAAAUGUCUGAAUCUGAAUACAGUUGGUCCAACCCAGCUUGGACUGUACAAAGAUAAAUGUGUUUCAGAAUCUGGAUCAAACUUAUCCAGAUUUAACCAGCAGAUUAAGGUCCCACCUAGAUGCUUCUGAUGAUCCAUGUUGUCCAUCCUGGUCUCAUCAUGAUAUGCUCUGUGUAAGCACCAAUACAGCCUCUUGUUCCAUACCAAGGUUAUGUGGUAAGAACAGAGCUAACUCCUCUGCAGAUACCUUGAGAUAUUGAUGAAUGCUCUGGAAAAGGCUACGAAGCAGACUUUGGGUUGGGAUCACUUAGUCAAAGUAUUUCAACAGCAUCAAAGGUCCCAUAUAAUAUGUUUUUAGCUGUUUAUAACAUGUCCUAGUUGUUUUUUAAGCACGAAAUUGACUUCACAAAACAUUAUAAAUGCAGCCUCUCAGUUUCUAACCUCAUUAUCCAUACUGUGAUCUGAUUAAAGCUGUGUACUAUUUGGCUACCUCCAUGUUCUCUGAGGUGGAGUGUGCAGAUCGGUGCAGUCUAAUACAGAGACGGAAAAACACCAAAACAAACAUGGCGAGUGCUCCAGAAGAACCCCUGCCAGUAACGAUAUAAAUGUUUCUUAUGAUAAACUGUGAAUAUUAUCACAUAGUGGUGACACUUACUGAUGGCAGGUCUGCCAUUGUUUAGUCACAGACCGUAGAUAAAGAUCCUUUUAUAAGGGUUGGUGUCGAAGCAAACCAAGCUUUUUACUGCCCCUCGUAGUUGAAACAGUCUAAGGUGAAGUGGUCGGCACAAACAAACAAAUGACCACCAACUGUAGCCACUGCAGCACGGUGUUGUUGAAAAUAAAAAGCAGACACUUUUUCCUUUGGUUCUCCGGUGGUGGGACAGGAUAUACACAUUUGUGUUGUUUUUUGCAAAUCAUAGAGCAGUUGGUGGGUCUGGCUCUUACCCUGGACAUCUUGACUCUGCAGCGUUGAAGCAGAACCUCAAUAGUGAAUGAGGAUCCAGAAUUGCUGAAGGAGUGGGAGUGGUUUUGCAAGCAUACUUGUCCAAAUCACUCCAGUCCCUACGUCACCACAGGACCAAUUUCAAAUUCCCUGAAGAAGCUAUGUUUCCCCAGGAGGUGGGCUUCAGAAACAAUGCAGAGGUGUUUUCACUUUCCCAUUCUCAGGGUUGCUCGGCUGCGGGAUGACUAAAGUAUAAUACGGGCGAGGAAAUCUUGUUUUUCAUUAUAUGGGACCUUUAAAGUUUGGUCAUUCGAUUUGUAAGGUGUACGUUUUUUCCUGUUGUCUUUAAUCUGUUGUUCUCAGUGUCAGAGUAAGUCUUUGUAUUUCUGUCCUUAGGAAGAGAAAGCACAGGCUCAAUGUCGGCCUGGACUCUGAUUCUUAAUGCUGUUGUUUUGUCAUUGAUGCAGAUCUUCAGAGUCAGUGCUGUUUCCUGUAAUUUCUACAUUUAGCCUUUUACUCCUUCAUUAAGAGGACAGAUUUUUUAAAGGAGGAUGGCACACUACACUAAAAUCUCUGCUUGAUUUGACAAACAAACACAAACAUUCCUGCUUAAAUCAAGCUGCCAAUGCAUGCAUCAUUUCCCUUUAAUAUCACUGUGCACGGUAAUGUUCCCCACAGCGGGCGGAGACAAAAUUGAUGCUGUCAUUUUAUCUCAAAUGACUUUCCUGACAUCAACACUGCAGGAGCUCACUCAAUCAUAGGACCAGAGACGGUCAGUGAACGCUACAUGAAAGACAGGAUUGAGAUUAAGAGGAACAGGAAAUGACAUUCUCUCCAAACAGCUCAUUUUGAUAAGUACUGCCUACUUUAAAUAAUAGCCUGAAGACACACUGCACAUAGCGGGUGACAUGUUGGAUACUGGGUGUUGCUGAUAUCUGGUGAAGUGUCAUGUUUUGAUUGUUUGUCACAGAAUUUGUACAAUACUGGUUGUUGAAUUACAUCUUAGGGGAUAUGCAAUGUAGGUAGAGAACAUUAGGAUAUCUUGUAAAUAGGAACGUAGAUGUUGUGUGAAAUACUUGAAAUCCCUUUAAUUAGUUAUUGAAUGUGCUUCACCCCUUAGCCUUGUCUUGUAAAGGUAACCUCAUGCCCCUCACCACAGGACCAGGAUAGGGUAUAACAUGCAUGUAAAUGUAAUGAAGCACAGUGUAGCCAAGGACUCCAGAGUAUUUCUAAGUGCCUGAAUAUUUCUCUCAUUGAUUUAUUUUUGAUCCAUGUCUUCUUUCUCCACGUCUGGUCUCAGUUCUAGAUACACAAGCCUCUCUUUGUUUAGUAGAUAUAUCAAUUUAGGGUUUAUUUUGCAAGUUAGGAAAAACUGGAUCAACCAUGCUAAUGUAAAGAGGUGUAAAAGUGAACUAUACUGUACCAUAUCACAGACGGGGUGUGAUGGACACACAGCUGAGGUUGAAAUGUAAGCACUGACUAUCGUGGUUGUGUUGUAAUGGCAUGACAUUCAGAAAUAAAGAAGGUAUGCAUUGGUU